CGUUAACAACACUAACUGGAAACUGGAAUCGCUCGUCAUCGCACGUCAUCGCAAUCGCGAGUGAUCGCGAGCAGAGGCCAAAGCGGAGUUAUUUUCGUAACGUAACGAUUCACCCGAGAUAUAUGAUAUACGGCAAGCGACGACCCUGCAAUCUGCAAUCUGUACGGCUCGCAUCGCUUGCAUGGUCGUUCGUGGGAUGGGAACGCGACGUUGAUGAUUGACAGGAUCUCUCGGAGUUCGGAGUGAUUCUCGCGCCGUGGAAUAUGCUGACGCUGAAAGCGACCGUUGUUAGUUGCUCCUUUAGGCUUAGACGCGCUCGUGUCCUUGAGAAUUUCUUGCCGAGAGGAGUGAGGGGCAGUUCGGCCGCUUCCAUCGAGCCCGAAGGAAAGAUGUCGUUCGAAGACGAGAAACAAAAAUUCUUGGCCAUGUCGCCAGAGGAAAAGAGGAACUUUUACAAGGCAAAGGUAACGACUCUUGAUCAGAUUCCCACAUGGUCAGAGUAUUGGGACAAAAACAAAUCCAAUAUCGCCAAAACUGUUGAAAAAGUUGAAAAAGUCGACGAGGCUGUGGCUAAGAAAGUAUCGAUGUGGCAAGGAGACAUAACGUCGCUCGAGAUAGACGUGAUUGUCAAUGCUGCUAAUUCGAGUCUUUUGGGAGGUGGUGGAGUCGACGGAGCUAUUCACCGAGCAGCAGGGCCAAAUUUAAGGAAAGAAUGCGCAACGUUGGGAGGAUGUAGAGUUGGCGAAGCUAAAAUCUCGGGAGGUUAUAUGCUGCCAGCUAAAUAUAUUAUCCAUACUGUUGGUCCGCAAGGUGAAAAGCCGGAUAAAUUGAAAGAAUGUUACGAGAAUAGUCUGAUUCUGGUUAAAGAAAAUCAUCUGCGUACUGUCGCAUUUCCAUGCAUAUCUACUGGAAUUUACGGAUAUCCGCAAAGACCAGCGGCCAAAGUGGCUUUAUCGACAGUUAAGAAGUUUCUUCUCGAUAAUAAAGAUGCUGUGGAUAGAAUCAUCUUUUGCUUAUUUCUGGAAAGCGAUAAAGAUAUAUAUGAGGAGCUGUUGCAAAAGUACUUUGCAACUUAAUUAAAUGUUUGUUGAUAGAUAAGUUUCUACUUGUGCAAAAUAAAAUUCUUCGCAAGGUUCAAUACGUAAUCUUAUAUAUCGUAUUUGAAAAAUAAAUAUUCAUGCGGAGUAAUAUAA